CCACCGCCUGGCGCUACGGAAACUAUGCCCAACGAGCUUGGCCUCCCCAAGCAUGUAUCCAAGCAGAACGCAUUCGACAGACUCCAAACCACACCAAAGGACGUAACGUUGGGCGAAGGCGUGCGAACACCAAAGAGGCAGCAUUCAUCUCGGUUUUACCCGUCCGAGCGCAGAGAACUCGAAAAGCUGCCCGCAUUCCAUGAGGUGCCUACCAGUAACAGACAGGAGUUGUUCAUUCAGAAAUUGGAGCAGUGUAAUGUUAUCUUCGAUUUUAACGACGCGUCUGCCGACAUGAAGAGUAAGGAGGUGAAGCGGAUGGCACUACACGAACUUCUCGAAUAUGUCUCGAGCAACCGCAAUGUUAUCACCGAGCCGCUUUACCCCAAGGUGGUUACGAUGUUCGCCAAUAACCUCUUCCGGCCUAUUCCUCCUCCUCUCAACCCAACUGGCGAGGCAUUCGAUCCUGAAGAAGAUGAGCCUGUUCUUGAGGUCUCGUGGCCGCACUUGCAAGUCGUUUACGAAUUCUUUCUCAGGUUCAUCGAAUCUCCAGACUUCAACACCAACAUUGCGAAAGCAUACAUCGACCAGCAUUUUGUGUUGAAUUUGCUCGAGCUGUUCGAUAGCGAGGAUCCACGUGAAAGAGAUUUCCUAAAAACGACGCUGCAUCGCAUUUACGGGAAGUUCUUGAACUUGCGAUCCUUCAUCCGACGGUCUAUCAACAACGUCUUCUUCCAAUUCAUCUACGAGACUGAACGGUUCAACGGCGUUGCCGAACUGUUGGAGAUUCUUGGAAGCAUCAUCAACGGUUUCGCUUUACCGCUGAAGGAAGAGCACAAGCUCUUCUUGACCAGAGUGCUGCUGCCACUUCACAAGGUCAAGUCGCUUUCCAUGUACCACCCACAGCUUGCAUACUGUAUCGUUCAAUUUCUCGAGAAGGAUCCAGGAUUGACAGAGGAAGUCGUGUUCGGUUUGUUGCGGUACUGGCCUAAGGUGAACAGCCCCAAAGAGGUUAUGUUCCUGAACGAGGUUGAGGAUAUUUUCGAAGUCAUGGAGCCUACGGAGUUUGUCAAGAUCCAGGUUCCACUUUUCCGACAACUCGCCAAGUCGGUUUCAAGCCAGCAUUUCCAGGUUGCAGAGCGGGCUCUGUUCUUCUGGAACAAUGAGUACUUCUGUAACUUGAUCAGCGAGAACGUGAAUGUGAUUCUGCCGAUCAUGUUCCCAGCUCUUUACGAGAAUUCGAAGCACCAUUGGAAUCGUACGAUUCACGGCAUGAUCUUCAAUGCACUGAAGCUUUUCAUGGAGAUUAGCCCUUCGUUGUUCGACGAGUGUUCGAACGAGUACAAGAUCGCGAAAGAAAGUGGAGACCAGCGUGAACGGGAACGGGAAGAACGAUGGCAGGCAAUCGUAGAGAUGGCGAAGAACCCACAGAACCAUAGCUAUGUCGAGCAGGAUUCUGGCGUAACAGCGGAAGUGCAGGUAGAGGCCCACGAAGAAGCAGCAGUUGCCGAGAAGUUCUCGCGUGUAACUUUGGAGGGAAUGAGGCCAUUGGGUGAAGUUGAUAUUGGCGAGGAACGUGCAGCUGAGAAGGAAGCUGAGGAGCAAGAGCAAUUGCAAGGGCAGAACGGCGAUGACCAGGAGUGA